AUGGAGAAGCUGUCGCUCUGGAUCGGAUUGGCAACCAUCAUCGGUUUGCUGGCGUUCAUCUGGCAUUGCAUCACGUACGAUCGAGAUCUGUUACCGAAAGGCCUACCUUGGGGCGGCUACAGACCUGGAGCGUGGUUCGUCAUACCUCGAGCAUCGUUCAGUGAGCUAUGGAAUAGCAUUCAUUUCCUGCGAGACGGGUACGAGAAGUAUGGGAAACACGGCAAACCUUGGGUCACCCCCAACCGUAACUGGGACCACGAAGUUAUGCUCCCGCUCGAGCAUACGAAGUGGUUGAUCGAAUUGCCCGAGAGCGUCGCAGUGGCUUACAAAAUCCUCCUGUUCGAUGUGGCGUUCCUGUACAUGUUUCCGCAAGCGAAACACAUGGAUAAGUCUUUUCACAAGGAUGCGCUGAGGAAAAUGAAUUGGGACAAGAUAACAGAAGACGUGGCAGACGAGAUUGAUGCGUGUACAAAACGAUACCUGGGAAACAAGCCGGGGAAGGAUGUCUCGUUUGAUCUCAACAACACAAUGCAAGCGAUGUUCUCGCACAUUGCGACUAGAGCGUUCCUCGGCGCGGACAUUGCGAAAGAUGAAGCGUAUCUCAACUUCACCAGCAAGAAGUUCAUGGGGCAGCUCCUACCGAUGUCCAUCCUGAUUCGGACCUUUGUACCGUUCUACCUCCAGAUUGCCAUCUUGUGGCCCCUCUUCCAACUCCCGGUCCGCUUCUACGAAUGGAAAGCCAAACGAUCUCUUCGCCCGGUCAUCAAACUUCGCCUUCUCGCAGCUCAAAUCGCCAAGGACACAAACAAUGAGAUCAAGAACCCGACUAUUCUCCAAAACAUCGUCCGCCUCGCGGUCGACUCUCCUGACCCUAGAGACCGGCGACCUGACGCCAUCACACGUCGGAUGCUAGCAUACAAUCUGUACGACGGCAUAGGCUCCCACACGCUCGCCUCGUCAGCCAUCAACGCAAUGGCUGACAUCCUCCUCGCCGGUCCCGAAGUAUACGGCCACCUCCGUGCUGAAGCCAUUGCUGCCAGUACUUCAGGUCCUUGGACAAAAGCCUCCGUCAACCGCCUUGUGCUACUCGACAGCGCCUUGCGCGAAUCUCUGCGUUGCUUGCCCCUGAAAGCUCGCGCCGUCGAGAGGAUAGUGGUCGCCAAGGAGGGUGUCACCUUGCCUAAUGGUCUAUUCGUGCCUUAUGGAACGCCGAUUGGGCUGUCCAGUGACGAUAUCCAUCACGACGAACAGUUCUACGAGAGGCCAGAAUCGUUCAUUCCCGAUCGUUUUGUAAACAAAGAAGGACAAGGAAUGGUGCAAGUCAGGGAGACUUUCCAGGCUUUCGGGUUGGGAAGACAAGCUUGUCCUGGAAGAUACAUCGCGGCGCACAUCCUCAAGAUGUUCUUUGCACACAUAAUCAUCAAUUACGACUUCGACGAGUUGAAAAAUCGUCCACCAGCCGUCUGGGCGUCGGAUUUGUAUUUGCCCAAAAGCGUUACUCUGACUUGUCGAAGGCGGAUUGGAGGCGAUGGCGAAGUUGGAAAGGAGCCUCCAGCAGGAAAGAAGAAAGUCACUUGA